GACUGGUGUGUGUGUGUGUGUGUGUGUGUGUGUGUGUGAAAGGCGCGUAGGCGUUGAGCCGGGAACACUUGUCUCAAAUGGCACGGUCGAGUUCUGUCUUUCAUCCUUAGCACCCGGGAGCCGUGGAGGAUUUUACACAGAAAAGUCACAUAUUCUUUUUUUCCAAAAGUUGCUCAGAGAAUAGUCGGGAAAGGGGAUAAUCCUGAGAUACGGGCAGGUAAUGUCCUUGUGCAACAUUCCAGAGCUGGUAAGUCAGCAGUGAGGAGUAAAGUCUAGAGCUUGGCAUCCCGAGAUCACCAGGCUGCAGGGCUGGGCAGCGUACAGAGAGUUCUGAGUCCAUGGAGCUCACACCAUUGUCACCUACUUCUCAUGACCUUCUUUCCACAGAUCCCCAUGACUACAGAAGCGCUUAUGAACUGUAAGCAGAACUGUGUGACCUUUGAGGACGUGGCCAUUUACUUCUCCCGGGAGGAGUGGGACCUCCUUGAUGAGUCUCAGAGGCUCCUGUACCUCGAUGUAAUGAUGGAGAACUUUACACUCGUGAAUUCUCUGGUUUGUUGUCAUGGAAUGCAGGAUGAAGUGACACCUGAGCAAAGUGUUCCUGUAGAAAGAGUAUCACGGGUCUGGACUCCAAAAGCUGGUUUCUCCAACCAGAAGACUCACCCUUGUGAGGUGUGUCCCCCAAUCCUGAAAGACAUUUUACAUCUGGGUGAUCUGUGUGGGCAGAAACUGUAUUUGGUUGGGAAAUCCACAAACCUUCAACAAAAUCAGAAGCAUUACAGUGCAGGAAAUCCAUUAAAAAGAGGCAUGGAUCAGGCCUCCUUUGAGAAGAGCUGUAUAUUUCAUAUGUCAAGGAGUCCUUCCCUCUGUAGGAAGAUUAAAAAGGACUUCUUGGCCAAGUGGGGCCUUCUCCAGCUCCAGACCAUUCCCAAAGGACAGAAGCUAAACAAAAUCAUCAAAUAUGGGGAGGCCUUUCUCUGUGGAAAGCAUCAUUAUAUGUCAGGCGAAUGCAGGAAUGGUUUUAGCCCUAAACACACUCUUGCUGAGCACUCAAGAGUCUGUAUUGGAAAAAGGAUUUAUGAGUCUAGCAAAUACGGAAAAUCUUUCCGUGAUAAGUACUCACUUGUUCCAUUCCAGAAAGUCCAUGCUGGAGAAAGGCCUUAUGAAUGCAGUGAAUGUGGAAAAUCUUUUAACCAAAAAGCUACUCUUAUUAUACACCAGAGAGUUCAUACUGGAGAAAGGCCAUAUAAGUGUGGUGAAUGUGGAAAAUCUUUUAGUCAAAGCUCUAAUCUUAUUGAACAUUGCAGAAUUCACAGUGGAGAAAGACCUUAUGAGUGUGGGGAUUGUGGGAAAGCCUUUGGGUGCAAAUCCAAUCUUGUUCGACACCAGAGAACUCACACAGGAGAAAGGCCAUAUGAGUGUGGUGAAUGUGGGAAAUUCUUCAGACAAAGCUUCAGCCUCAUUGAACAUCAGAGAAUUCACAGUACAGCAAGACCUUAUAAGUGUGGCCAGUGUGAGAAAUCCUUCAGUCAAAAAGCUACCCUUAUUAUACAUCAGAGAGUUCACACUGGAGAAAGGCCAUAUAAGUGCAGAGAAUGUGGAAAAUCCUUUAGUCAAAGCUCCAACCUUAUUGAACAUUGCAGAAUUCACACUGGAGAAAGGCCUUUUGAAUGCAGUGAAUGUGGGAAAUCCUUUAGUCAAAGAGCCACCCUCAUUAGACACCAGAGAAUUCACACUGGAGAAAGACCUUAUGAGUGUGGUGAAUGUGGAAAAUUCUUUAGACAAAACUUCAGCCUCAUUGAACACCGCAGAAUUCACACUACAGCAAAGAUUUAUGAGUGUGGCCAGUGUGGGAAAUCCUUUAGCCAAAGAGCCACCCUCAUUAGACACCAGAGAGUUCACACCGGAGAAAGACCAUAUGAAUGUGGAGAAUGUGGGAAAGCCUUUGGGUACAAAUCCAAACUUGAUCGACACCAGAGAACUCACACUGGAGAAAGGCCUUAUGAGUGUGGUCAGUGUGGGAAAUUCUUUAGGCAAAGCUAUAGCCUUGUUGAACAUCAGCGAAUUCACACUAGAGCAAGACCUUAUGAGUGUGGUCAGUGUGGGAAGUCCUUUAGCCGAAGAGCUGCCUUCAUUAAACACCAGAGAGUUCACACUGGAGAAAAGCCUUAUAAGUGUGGAGAAUGUGGGAAUUCCUUUAGUCGAAGCACAAGCCUUAUUCAGCAUUGCAGAAUUCACACUGGAGAAAGGCCAUAUGAGUGUGGCCAGUGCGGGAAAUCUUUUAGGCAAAAGUCUGUCCUCAUUCAACAUCAGGUAGUUCACACUGGAGAACGGCCCUAUGAAUGCAGCAAGUGUGGGAAGUCUUUUAGCCAACGCUCCAGCUUCUUUCAACACCAAAAAUCUCACAUGAUGGAGAGACCUCAUGAAGGCAACAAAUGUGGGAAAUCCUUCAGGCCAAGGUCCAGCAUUGUUUAGCAGCAGAAAAUCCACACUUGAGAAAUGUCUUAUAACUGCAGGAAACAUACUCUUUGCUCAGCAUAUUGGUACUAGAGAACCUUUGUCGGGGAGCCAUUUGCUUGAAGUUGAACCUCAGACUUCUAGACAUCCAGAGAUGAAAUUCCCCACAAAUUUCAGGAAUAUAUGAAACUUUAUAGGAGCUGUUAUACAUAUUCUAAACUGCCUCAGGCCCUUGCUAAAGUUAGAUGACUGUCACAUUCUCUCAUAGAUGCCAUCUCCCCUCUUUACAUCUUCAGUACAUCAACAUACUAAGGCAAGGAAGAUAUUUUUGUUCUUCCUAUUCCCUGGAGAAAAUUUUGAGUAACCUGAACCCUUAAUGUGAUUUUAUUACCUUUUACUGAGUACACCAGGGACCUAACUGCUUUAGACAAGAGGACCCACUACAGGUUUAGUUGGAGGCUUGUGGGGAAAGCUUACCUUAUCAGAAAAUUUUGGUCUCAUAUGACCCUCGUAUCAUACAGACUCCAUAUCACUAGCCUGUAACUUCUGUCUAGCUUUGGUUUAUCUACGAAUAAAGGCCUUCUUAUUUCAUCUA